AUGUCCGGCGGCGCCGCCGCGGACGGGCCCCGCGGCUCCCCGGCCUUCCUGUCGCCGCCGCCGCCGCCGCCCGCGCCCAAGAACGGCUCCAGCUCCGACUCGUCGGUGGGCGACAAGCUGGGGGCCGCGGCCAGCGAGGCGGGCCCGGGCCGCGCCGACGAGUACCGGCGCCGCCGCCACACGAUGGACAAGGACAGCCGGGGGGCGGCCGCCGCCGCCGCCACCCCCACCGAGCACCGCUUCUUCCGCCGCAGCGUCAUCUGCGACUCGAACGCCACGGCGCUGGAGCUGCCGGGGCUCCCGAUCCCCGCGCCGCAGCCCGGCGGGGCCGUGCCCGCCGCGGGGCCGCCCGCCGCCGCCGCGGAGCCCGCCCGGGAGGAGCCGGCCCGCGCCGCGGCCGCCGCCGCCCCGGUGACCCGGCCGCCCCCGGCCGCCGCCGCCGCCGCCGCGCCCGCCGCGCCGGGCCCCGCCGCCGCCCCCGGCCCCGCCGCCGCGCCGCCGGCCCCCGGCCCCGAGCGUCCCGCCUCCCGGCCCGGCGCGGCGGGGAGCAGGGAGGAGCCGCCGCCGCCCGUCCGCAGCGGCAGCGGCAGCGGCGGCGGCAGCGGCGGCGCCCGGGAGGCGGCGGCGGCGGCGGCCGCGGCGGCGGCGGCGGCGGCGGCGGCCGAGGAGCAGCGGAGCCAGCAGCAGGACGACAUCGAGGAGCUGGAGACGAAGGCCGUGGGCAUGUCCAACGACGGCCGCUUCCUCAAGUUCGACAUCGAGAUCGGCCGCGGCUCCUUCAAGACCGUCUACAAGGGCCUGGACACGGAGACCACGGUGGAGGUGGCCUGGUGCGAGCUGCAGGAUCGAAAGUUAACUAAGUCUGAAAGGCAGAGAUUUAAAGAAGAGGCUGAAAUGUUAAAGGGUCUUCAGCAUCCCAAUAUUGUCCGGUUCUAUGAUUCCUGGGAAUCCACAGUGAAAGGGAAGAAGUGCAUUGUUUUGGUAACGGAGCUCAUGACAUCUGGUACCCUUAAAACGUACCUGAAGAGGUUUAAAGUGAUGAAGAUCAAAGUCUUAAGAAGCUGGUGUCGGCAGAUCCUAAAAGGACUUCAGUUUCUACACACUCGCACGCCACCUAUUAUUCACCGAGACCUUAAGUGUGACAACAUCUUUAUCACAGGUCCUACCGGCUCCGUGAAGAUCGGAGACCUGGGCCUGGCGACCCUGAAGCGGGCUUCUUUUGCCAAGAGCGUGAUAGGUACUCCAGAGUUCAUGGCUCCUGAAAUGUAUGAGGAGAAAUAUGACGAGUCCGUUGAUGUUUAUGCUUUUGGGAUGUGCAUGCUUGAGAUGGCCACCUCUGAAUACCCGUACUCGGAGUGCCAGAACGCAGCGCAGAUCUACCGCCGCGUGACCAGUGGGGUGAAGCCGGCAAGUUUUGACAAAGUAGCAAUUCCUGAAGUGAAAGAAAUCAUUGAAGGUUGCAUAAGACAAAACAAAGAUGAAAGAUAUUCCAUCAAAGAUCUUUUGAACCAUGCCUUCUUCCAGGAGGAAACAGGGGUACGGGUAGAAUUAGCUGAAGAAGACGAUGGAGAAAAGAUAGCUAUUAAGUUAUGGCUGCGUAUUGAAGAUAUUAAGAAAUUAAAGGGGAAGUACAAAGACAAUGAAGCUAUUGAAUUCUCCUUUGACUUGGAGAGAGAUGUGCCAGAAGAUGUUGCUCAAGAAAUGGUAGAGUCUGGGUAUGUCUGUGAAGGUGAUCAUAAGACCAUGGCUAAAGCUAUCAAAGACAGAGUGUCGUUGAUUAAGAGGAAACGAGAGCAGCGGCAGCAGGUGCGGGAGGAGCAGGAGAAACGAAGACAGGAAGAGAAUGGUCUCCGGCAGCAGGUGGAGCAGCAGUCGAGUGCUUCCCAGACCAGCGCCCAGCAGACCCCUCCUGCUGGCACCGGUGCACCUACGGCCCCCACCACCUCUGCGUCCGUGUCGACGCAAGUAGAGCCUGAAGAACCCGAGGCAGACCAGCAUCAACAACUACAGUAUCCACAGCCCGGUGUAUCUGUGCUGUCGGAUGGGACCAUUGACAGUGGUCAGGGAUCGUCCAUCUUCACGGAAUCUCGAGUGAGCAGCCAGCAGACAGUGUCAUUUGGCUCCCAGCAUGAGCAGGCACACUCAGCAGGUGCAGUUCCAGGGCACACAGCUUCUCCUGUGCAAGCACAGUCACAGACCCACGGGGUCUAUCCACCCACAAGCAUGGCACAGGGACAGAGCCAGAGCCAGCCGUCCUCAAGUGGCUUGACAGGGGCUCCAUCUUCCCAAACCACCCAGCAUCCUCCUCAGGGAGUUCAACAGACAGCCCCUCCUCAGCAGGCUGUGCAGUAUACACUUGCGCAUGUGGUCCCCUCCAGCGAUGCUGCUCCCGCCCAGCCCACGGGUCAGCCUCCAGCUCCAGCUCCAGCGUCCGCUGGAAAACAGCUUCCAGUUCCCCAGCCAGUGCCAACUAUCCAAGGCGAACCUCAGAUCCCAGUCGCAACUCAGCCCUCAGUUGUUCCAGUCCACUCUGGUGCUCAUUUCCUCCCUGUGGGACAGCCACUCCCCACCUCCUUACUCUCCCCGUACCCCGUCUCCCAGAUCCCCCUACCAACUCCUCAUGUGUCUGCGGCGCAGACGGGCUUCUCAUCCCUUCCCAUCACAAUGGCAGCCAGCAUUAAUCAGCCUCUGCUCACCUUGGCUUCAUCUGCUACGGCAGCUUCUAUCCCGGGGGGAUCCACUGUGGUUCCUAGUCCGCUGCCAACCCUUCUGCAGCCUGUCACUCAGCUGCCAAGUCAGGUUCACCCACAGCUCCUCCAGCCGGCAGUGCAGUCCAUGGGAGUACCGGCUAACCUUGGACAGGCUGCUGAGCUUCCUCUUCCCUCUGGAGAUGUUCUCUUCCAGGGCUUCCCACCUCGACUGCCACCACAGUACCCAGGAGAUUCAAAUAUUGCUCCCUCUUCCACCGUGGCUUCUGUUUGCGUCCAUUCUACAGUCCUAGCCCCUUCCAUGCCAACAGAAGCAAUGGCUACACCAGGUUACUUUCCUCCAGUGGUGCAGCCUUUUGUGGAACCAAAUCUUGUGGUUCCUAUGGGCGGUGUAGGCGGCCAGGUUCAAGUGUCCCAGCCAGCCAUGAGUGUAGUUCAACAACCCCCUACUACUACAUCCUCCCAGCAAGCAGUUUUGGAGAGUGCUCAGGGGGCCGCCCAGGCGGCUCCUCUGGAGCCAGUUUCAGGUGCGCAGCCGCAGCCUGCCCAGCCUGUGACUGUGGUUUCCUCCAUAGACAGCGCACACUCAGAUGUCGCUUCUGGUAUGAGUGACGGCAACGAGAACGCCCCCUCAUCUGGCGGGAGGCACGAGGGGAGAGCGACAAAACGACACUGCCGGAAGUCUGUGAGGAGUCGCUCGCGGCAUGAAAAGACUUCCCGACCGAAACUGAGAAUUCUGAAUGUUUCAAAUAAAGGAGACCGGGUAGUGGAGUGUCAGUUAGAGACCCAUAAUCGAAAGAUGGUUACCUUUAAAUUUGACCUGGAUGGCGAUAACCCAGAGGAGAUAGCCACGAUUAUGGUGAACAAUGACUUUAUCCUAGCAAUCGAAAGAGAGUCAUUUGUGGCUCAAGUGCGGGAGAUUAUUGAAAAGGCUGACGAGAUGCUCAGUGAGGACGUGAGUGUGGAGCCGGAGGGGGACCGGGGGCUGGAGAGCCUGCAGGGAAAGGAUGACUACGGCUUCUCGGCUUCUCAGAAAUUGGAAGGAGAGUUCAAACAACCCACUCCUGUGUCUUCCAUGCCCCAGCAAAUAGGGGUUCCUACCAGUUCCUUAACUCAAGUUGUUCAUUCUGCUGGAAGACGGUUUAUCGUGAGCCCUGUUCCUGAAAGUCGAUUACGAGAAUCAAAAAUUUUCACCAGUGAAGUAGCAGAUACAGUUGCUGCCUCUGCGUCUCAGGGUCCUGGGAUGAACUUGUCUCACUCGGCCUCCUCCCUUAGUCUCCAGCAGGCCUUUUCUGAGCUUAGACAUGCCCAGACGUCGGAAGGGCCCAGCACAGCGCCUCCCAACUUCAGUCUCACGGGACCAGCCUUUCCUCCAUUCCUGGGUAGCGUUCCUGGAGGCCCAGCCGCAGCAGCAGCUACUCCUUCAGCGUCAGUCCCAGUAACCAGCAGCCCUCUUAUUGACAGUUCCACCGCAGUGAUUCAGUCUGAAGUCACGGUGCCCACUGACAAAGGACUUGCCCGAGUCCCCACCAGCACAGGUGUGCUCACUUCCGGCGGUCUCCCGGGCCCACCUGUGUCUGUGUCGGAGCCGCCACCGCCGCUUCCUGGCAUGGUCUCCAGCAGCACAGUGCCCCCCGUGGUCACUGUGUCUACAGCCGCGCAGCCGUCUCAGGCCCCCGUGUCGGGGAGCACUGUUGCUAGUACAGGCGCUUUUCCUUCUGUCACAGUUUCAACCGCUGUAACCACCGCAGCAGGCGGUGCGAGCGCCCCUGGCCCAGGGCCUCCCGCCAUGCUGCCGCCGCAGGCCACUGCCGGGGUGGGCGCUGCGCCUGUGGUUCCUGCCACCGUGCCAUUCCCGAGCACGGCCUCGCAGCCGCCCCUUCAGCUUAGCAGCAGCACCUCCGCCCCGACUCUGGCUGAAACGGCGGUGGUUAGCGCCCACUCCCUGGACAAACCGUCACAUAGCAGUACAGCUGGGUUGGCCGUGCCUUUGUCUGCGCCUUCCUCCUUGCCCUCCCCAGGGACCGCAGCAUCUGGCUCUGCUGCUCUGCAUCCCCUGGUCCUCCCAUCCGCAGUGGCUUCUACGCCCGUGCUUCCCCAAGCAGCCGCACCGACGUGCACGCCUCUCUUACCGCAAGUGCCCGGCGUCCCGCCCCUGCUGCAGCCUGCCACCAGCGUGCCUGCCGUGCAGCAGACGCUCGUCCACGGCCAGCCCCAGCCAGCCCUGCUCCCCAGCCAGCCCCACGCGCACUGUCCUGACGUGGACGCCGACACGCAGCCAAAGGCUCCGGGCAUCGAUGACAUAAAGACUCUGGAGGAGAAGCUGCGGUCACUCUUCAGCGAGCAUGGCUCGUCCCACGCCCCCGUCUCGCUGGAGACGUCACUGGCGGCCGAGGCCACGGUCACGCCAGGGGUCCCCACCACCGCUGUUGCACCGAGCAAACCCAUGACGUCUACGACGAGUACCUGCCUGCCACCAGCCAGCUUACCGCUGGGAACGGCGGGUCUGCCGCUCACGACAGUGGGCACCCCCGGGCAGGUUUCUACCCCCAGCAGCUACGUGCCAGCCCCAGUCAGCACCACGUCGGGAAUGAAACCAGGGAUGACUCCCUCAAAGCCACCUUCAGCUAAGCCUCCGGUGCUGCCAGGGGGCACUGAACUUCCAGCUGGGGCUCUGACCUGCGAGCAGCUGCCGCCUUUUCCUGGACCCUCACAAACUCAGCAACCUCUAGAAGACCUUGAUGCCCAGCUGAGAAGAACACUUAGUCCAGAGAGCAUCACAGUGGCGUCUGCAGGAGGGCCAGUGUCUGUAGAGGCUCCGCCCGCGGUUACGGAAGCUGGCCCGCAGCCUCAGGAGCACGGCACAGAGGGUUCUGUCCUAGCCAGUGGUUCAGGAGCUGCUGUUCUUAAGAUGGGGCGAUUUCAGGUUUCAGUUGCCACAGAUGAUGUCCAGAAAGUUGGCAAAACUAAGCCAGAAGAUGUGAAGUCUGUCCACUUUGAGUCGAGCACGUCGGAGUCAUCCGUACUGUCGAGUAGCAGCCCAGAGAGCACGUUGGUGCAGCCAGGGCCUGGCGGGGUGCCAGCCCCCGGGGUCCCCUCGGAUGCUCCAGACAGCGCCCACCAACCCCCCGCCUCAGAAACAACGCUGGAAGCGGGGCAGCCCACCAAGGUCGGGCGUUUUCAGGUGACAGCUACAGCCAGCAAAGUGGGUCGUUUCUCAGUGUCGAGAACUGAGGACAAGAUGGCAGAGGUGAAGCAGGAGUCAGCCGCAUCUCCUCCCUUCAGAGACUCUGCACACGCUGCUCUUCCCACCGCCAUACCAAAGAAAGACAAGCCGGAGCCGGCCCAGCCUUUACAUCUGAACGGGCCAUCCUCCGACCUGGAGGCUGCCUUUCUCAGCAGGGGCCUGGACGACGGCUCAGGCAGCCCGCAGUCCCCGCCUCACCUCUGCUCCAAGAGCCUUCCCAUCCAGAGUCUAAGCCAGAGCCUUAGCAACUCCUUCAACUCCUCUUACAUGAGCAGUGACAACGAAUCGGACAUUGAAGAUGAAGAUUUAAAGUCAGAGCUCCGGCGACUUCGGGAAAAACAUCUUAAAGAGAUUCAGGACCUGCAAAGUCGCCAGAAGCAGGAGAUUGAAUGUUUGUACACCAAACUGGGCAAGGUGCCCCCUGCCGUCAUCAUUCCCCCCGCCGCCCCGCUCUCGGGCAGGAGAAGGCGGCCCACUAAAAGCAAAGGCAGCAAGUCGAGUCGCAGCAGCUCACUGGGGAAUAAGAGCCCGCAGCUCUCAGGGAACCUGUCUGGGCAGAGCGGGGCCUCCGUCCUGCACCCGCAGCAGACCCUCCACCCCACCAGCAACACCUCCGAGACGGGCCACAGCCAGCUGCUCCAGCCUCUGAAGCCCUCUCCCUCCAGUGACAACCUCUACUCAGCUUUCACCAGCGAUGGCGCCAUCUCUGUACCAAGCCUUGCUGCGCCAGGUCAAGGGACCAGCAGUACGAACACGGUCGGGGGCGCCACGAGCAGCCAGGCCGCGCAGGCGCAGCCCCCCGCCAUGACGUCCAGCAGGAAGGGCACGUUCACGGACGACCUGCACAAGCUGGUGGACAACUGGGCCCGCGACGCCAUGAACCUCUCGGGCCGGAGGGGCAGCAAAGGCCACAUGAACUACGAGGGACCCGGCAUGGCGCGCAAGUUCUCGGCCCCCGGGCAGCUGUGCAUCUCCAUGGCCUCCAGCCUGGGCAGCUCGGCACCCAUCUCCGCCACCUCUGCCACGUCUCUGGGCCACUUCACCAAGUCCAUGUGCCCUCCGCAGCAGUACGGCUUCCCGGCCGCGCCGUUUGGCACGCAGUGGAGCGGGACGGCCGGCCCCGCGCCGCAGCCGCUCGGCCAGUUCCAGCCGGUGGGCACCACGUCCCUGCAGAACUUCAACAUGAGCAGUCUGCAGAAGUCCAUCAGCAACCCCCCCGGCUCCAACCUGCGGACCACCUAGCACGCCCCGAGACGCGGGCCGAGGGCGUGCACUAACCGCCGGCUCCCCGCCCGCGCGGGGAUGUGCUCACUUCAUCCUGAGCCCCGCCAGAACCUUCCUCCUCCCUCCACCUGUGGGAGGCAGGAAGGAGCAGCUUUCUUGUGGUGGGUGCCCCGCUGAGCUUUCCUGUCUGCGCUCCGGGUGGGGUGGGGGUGGACCAGCCUUGGGGUCACCCACCCGCACACCUCGGCCCCACCCCUCCUCCCCACACCCAGUAAAAACUAGCAGGGCGCGGCCGCCUCUCCCGUAGGUCACUAGUGCUGUCGCGCGACGAGGAAACACUGUGAUACAAUGUUGUUGGACAACAGUAGUUUGAGAGAGUGAAGUGUGAAAGGUUUCAAAGGUUCACAGAAAGCGAGCUCUCCUCACCAGACGCUUUAACUUUUCCUUUGUAUCUCCAUUGUAUUAGAAGAAUAAAUGUGAAUGUAAAAUUGUAUAAAUCACCGCACUUGAAUACUUGUGUUCUCCCAGUACUGCUUGCUGGGGAUCUCAGUGCCUUGGACUUGGGGUGCCCCCGUCCCGAGCAGCAGCCACAUCCCAGACCCCAGGGGCACGGAGGUGGUGACCCGGCGGCGGCCUGAGCAGGUGGGAGCGGGGCGGGGUGGGCAGAGGGCGGGCAGUGCGUGUAUCAGGUGAGAGCCUGGGCCAGGGUGGCUCCAAGGGGCCAGGGUAGCUCGGAGGGGCCAGGGCCGGCGGGCGCGUGUCCCAGCCGCACCGUGCCCCAGGCCUUCCCAUGCCUGCCCUGUCCGCGACGUCCAGAUGGCCGCCCCUCCAUCCCCGCAGUAACCGCAACCCGCCAGUGUUCACCGUGCUGCGCCUCAACCUCCUCGAGGGCUGGGGGGAGCAGCUGGCACCCAGUUUCCACUCCUCCGACUUAGCUAGAAAGUUGUUGCCGUUUUCCACCUUUCCCUUCGUGGAAAAAGCAGCGAGUGGCCCACGUGGUGGGAUUGUCAUUCUCGGGGACUGGCCAGCGCGAGGCCCGCAACAAGAAUGUGGCGAGCGGCAGAGGCCGAGGGGAGUGUGACGGCUCCCGCACCGCGGCCUCUCCCCGCGUGGGGCUCCUCGGGACGAGCCAGUGCUACUGAACUGAUUAAAUUAUUUUUGUGUUACUAGGACAGUUUGAGUAUCUUUUCCACAUUAAAAAGGACUUUCUCGAUUCCGGGUGUUUCCUUACAUUAUUUAACAAUGUACACUGUUUUUUUUAAACAAACUGAAUCCGCGCCUCGGGAACCUCAGCCGCCGUUAUCGUACAUUUUGCACUAACUCCGGGUGUGGCGCUUCUUGUAAGCUGCGCUUCGUGCUAUGGUUUGUUACCUUUGUAGACUUUAUUUAAUGAAACCAUUCAAAUAAAGCCGACUUGCCUUUGUGGA